UCUAGUUAUGGUGUAAUGCAUGUUAAAUCCCUGUAGGAGGCAGACUACAAGCCUUUCACUUCCUUCAGCCUUCUCACAUGAACUGACUCAUUACGAGUGUGUGUGAGAGUGUGUGUGUGUGUUCUCCUUGCGUCAGCACUGUGUGAGUGUGUAAUCUCUGCAAGUGUUCUCUAUGGUUGAUGAAUCUGAUGUCUCAGCAUUUUUCUGAUCCUCUUCUAGCGGAGUAAAGGCCAUUCUCGCAGUGUGCAGUCCGUAUGUUAACACGUACAUACUCAGCCUCUGCUGUGCUCUCUGUAUGCAGUGUUCUGAACCCCAAGACUCCAGCUGUGAAGUGUCUGCUCUGUGCUUUCCAGCUCAGUGUCCUGUAAACUCUGAUGAUUCUUCAUGUUUCUCUCUUUACAAUUCAAAGCUAAAUCUCUCCGUCCUCUGUGUAUCAGGAUGAUGUUCCUGUGGUUGCUCUGUGUGUGCGUGCUUGUGUGUGUGUGUGUGUUUUGGUAAACAGGUGAUGGAAAGCUUAGUGUAUGACUCAGUGUGUGUAAGCCUGUGUGGACGUCCCGUACAACAGGUAAGCACUGUGACAGGCUCUUCAAGCUCCAGUACAGCCUGCAGACAGCACAGCCUUCUGUUACAGAGCAGCUCUGAUCGAUAUACACCAGCCAUGACUGCAAAAGAGUACUGCAGAAUGGGCAGUCUGGAUGAAGUUCCCUUUCAGGUUCCUCUGGGUUCUCUUGAAGAGCCGCUGGAUGGGAUGAACCUAGCCACAGCCCCGGAAAUCAAUAUCCCAGACUACCAUCAAAUACUGAAGGACACGCAGUAUGAGUUCUCUCUGGAGAACUGGGUUCUCACCGAGCUCCAUGCAGGUUCCUUUAAGGACCCUGGUGUUCCGGUCUGUUCGCCUGAGGACAUGUGCGCAGUCCCAUCCUGCCCUCCGUACUGGCUGCUGUUUAGCAGCCCGCAGGUGAGGCAUACCACACGUCACCGUAGCAAGGAAUUACGGGAGGACGGCCCACGCCCACGCAGCCUGAGCAUGAGUGCAGUGGUGGACCCCCAGAGACGCCGCCUACCGCGCUCUGUCCAUUUCCUCAUGGCUGACUCGGAAUGUGAGGGCGCUGGCUACCGUGAGGAUGACGAGGGCUCCUCCAGCGAGGACGAUGCCCCAGCUUCACGCUCUCACAGUGCAGAAAGACCACGCAGCUCUGGGCCCAAGAGACCACCUUCACUGCUCUGGGAGGCACAGCGGCGCUCAGCCUCUCAGCUCAUGCUUCCUGGCUCACCCCGGCUCCCAUCAGCGAAGACCAAGAAGAGCUCCACGGGCAGCCCCCACAGCCAGAGGUCCUCACGGAGGAAAGCUGGCUCUGGGAGCUCCAGUGCGAAACGGCACUCUUUCUCACAUAAACAGACCACCACACAAUCACUUCUACAGCAGAGACCCUCCUCAGCUGGCCCUCAGCCAUCGACCCGGUUGCACAAGCCUGCUCUGCAGACUCUUCGUCCACGCAGUUCUCAUGGAGGUCGUGGCUCAGGUACAGACUCUUCGGUGGAGCUGCUCUAUGCUCUGAGUAAGGAGGAGAGAGAGCUGCUGGAGACCAUCACUGCACAAGGAUACACACCCAACUCUGCCAUUCUUGCUCUGCAGCGCACUGGCCCACGCAGUCCAGAGCAGAUUCUGAACUACCUGCUGGCGUGUGAUCGUCUGUGUGCACUUGGUUAUGAGAAGAGUCAAGUGGAGGACGCACUGGAGAUGUUUCAGAACUGUGAGAGCAAGGCUGCAGAGUUUCUGUGUUUGCUGGCUCAGUUCCGUGAGAUGGGCUUCCAGCAGAGCACCAUUAAAGAGGUUUUGCUAUUGCACGAGAACCACCGGGAGAGAGCGCUGGAGGAACUCAUGACGCGCGUCGCCUGAAUCUUCUAGAAGAGAGAUUUUACAGCUCCAGCCCCAAAUAAACUCUCGCAGCACAUUCACGCACUGUAAUCCUUGCAGAGAACAAGUGAAAUGUCACAUUCUUUGUCGUAUUAGUUGUGUUAUGUGGUUUUAAAACUCUGCAACUUCAGAGUUACUGCCAUGGAAAGAGAGAAACACCUGCCUAUUUUCUCAUAAGAGACUCAGAAAUAUUGAUAUUGAGUUUAAACUACACUUGCAGUGAAACACAAAACAGGCAAAAGUCAACUUUUUUAAAUGUUUUAAACAAGAAGGGUAAGCAGGUCACUUCUCAGUGAUUAAGCUGUUUUGGGACAUUAACAUCAAAGCAGGACUAUUGACAGAUCUUUGAAUUGAAUAAUGGCAGAAGAGCUCAUGCGCAUGUGAUUUUCACAUAAUUCUGUCUCCUAGAUUGAUAUAUAAAAAGUGAAAUGUUGAUUAAACAUGUGUAUUUCAUGAAGGGUGUUGUACUGAGGAGAGAUUACAGUACGGAACCAAUAAAGUUCUCUUGAUUCAGCAUCUAA